AUGAUAAAUAAAUCUCCCAUUUCAAGUAAUUUAGAAAAGCGAGGACUUACUUCAAGUUUAACGUUCAGUCAUUCAACUUCUUCCCUAUUUGAGAGCAAUAAGCCAAGCAAGCAUAUUUCUCAAAAAAGAAUCGAACAGGAAAGUCUGUCCAGGAGAACACUUGAUCCUACCUUUCCAGAAAGACCAAUUGAAUAUAAGCAGGGUAAAAAAAAAAUUAAUCCUGCUCAUAAUAAUAAUUUUUGGGAUAAAAGUAGUGCAAGUUCAGAUUUUGAAGCUAGAUCAAACAAUCCAACGCUAACAACAAGUAGGGAUAAUCCAUUAUCUGGAGAAGUUUUUAAAGUAAAUGAAAGUCCGAAAAAACCGAUUAGGUCACAAAAAUAUCUUGAAAGCCAAAUUUCAUGGCAACCAGAAUCAAAAUCAAAUUACUAUGCACCAUCAAUACAAAAUAAAGUUCCAAAAACAGCAUCGUCAAUAGAUUUCUUGCCAGGAUCUUUCUUUGUUAAGGCAGAAGACAACCAUAAAAGUCAGAAAAGACUCAAUCCUUUGAAAUAUGAAACAAGUUUAUUUAACUCAGCAGCUGAAAAACCUUCGAUUACAGGAAGAUACGAAGCUGAUGAUAGCAGAAGCCAAAGAAAAUAA